UAUCUACUGAUCACUGAUACCAUAGCCGACUAUAGCCCACUUUCGGGCAAUGCGUGCUCUACAUGUCGAGCGUUAGUGAUGACACUGAAUCGUCAUCGCACUUUGUGACACCUGCGAGCGAUGUGAGGCUUUCAGCCACUCAGCAGGCGCUCGCAGGCAGCACGGCCAAAGGAGCCACCAAACUGAUCUUGUACCCCUUGGACACGUUCAAAAGUCGCCGGCAGGCACGGCGCUUUGGAGAGCUGCAAGAGUUCAGGCACCUGCAGACGCUGCGAGGUGUGUACCGCGGCAUCGUGCCGAAGCUUCUUCUUUAUUCUCCCUACCAGGCAGUCUACAUGAGCGCGUACAUCACCGCCCGAGACCACUUGCUCCAAGGGCCUUUGGGUGACUCGGUGGCGACCUUCGCCGUCGCCGGCGCCGUGGCAGAGGAUGCUUUGGAUGCAAUGAGCACUUGGCCAAUGCCUAUAAUGCAGCUUCGGAUGGGAUUGAUGCUCACAGCACGGUUGCAGCUGGCAAUGCUGUUGAUCGUGCUAGAGUCUAGAGCUCGACCACCAUUGGCAGAGCCAGCUGUGGAAGCUGCCCUAGAGCAUUUUCAGAAUUUUCUGAAAGGUCGUCAGCUGGUUGAUGUGUUGUUGCAAAUGCGUGAGAUCAAUUUACCGAGGAUCAGUACACUUGGCCAUCCCAAAAUAAAGUUUGUGCAUUCCAAGUCUGGCCUUGUCAACCUUGCCUCGUCCAACAUGCAGGGUCUUUGUUGAGACGCAUUUGGCUUGAGGAUGUCAUCGAAGCUUCGGGAGCGCAUGGAGAAGGGCCACAAAUGCUUGGCUUCAUCAAUGACUCGAUGGUUUUAAGGAUUUUUAAGGACCACCUUCACUGCCGCAGAGGAAGGACUUGUUUUUCCUUCUUUGCAGUGUCAAGACAAUCCACGAGAGUGAUGGGUUCUUUGAAUGAUUGGGUUGACUUCGAGAAAAGCAAAAGGAACGACGCAUUUGCAUGUGUUUCUUGAGGUGUGUUGCAUUUGUCCCCUUCAGGCACAAGAUUCUUAUUGAUUUUCCUAGCUUUUCUCACAGUAAAUCCCCAUCUGUGGAUUCA